GGAAAUUUGUGUUCAAGGUCACUGCAUCCAAUGUGCGUUUAAAAGAUACUGGCUUAGCUUCAGGACAUCAGACUGCUAUUAUUUUCCUCGAUUUAUAUUCAGUCAAAAUAUUUUGAUAAAAUCGAAUCUUGAUCAGCCUUGUAUUCGGAAAUCAUGUCGUCAACUCAGAUAAGGAGCUAUGUGGCGGAACUUUCUAACUUAAAAGACCAAUUCAACACCCUUUCUAAUCAGUCCAGUGAAAAACUUAAGAAGAUUAUACAAACUGUUCAGUCUUAUCAAACACGUAUGGAGCCGUUAAAUAAAAACAUGGGACAACUUCAGAUAUUACAGAGAAAUUUAGAGUCCUGUCGAUUAAAGUUAAGUCAAGUGCAAGAGUAUCACCGUACCGGUCGCGAACUGGAAAAUACUAUUAGACAAGGACCAACAGUUUCUACUAAUAAAUUUUUAAAGGCUAUGGAACGUAUAAAAGAGGCAUUGGUUUACUUCCAGGAAAAUAAUCCACAAGAUGUUGAAUUUAGUCGACUGACAUCAUUAUAUUCAGUUGGUUUAGGAAGCUUGGAACGUGAAUUUGACGGUUUAUUGAAACAAACUUUCCGUCCCAUGAAUGAUGCUACUUUGAUAAGACUAAUGGAUCAGAAAGUCUCUGACAAGGAAUCAGGAGAUGGUUCAUCAAGUGAUGAUUUAGAACAACUAGAAGAUAUUCCAAAUGAUAUGUUGAAUAGUUUACGCUUUCUUGCUAAAUGGAUGAGUGAAAAUCAAUCAUUUGUAAACAAACCACAAGGUAUAUCGCAAGGAUGUUUAACAAAAUAUUGUGAAUGCCGUCGUGAACUUAUCCGUGUAAAUUUAAUAAGAGUACGAGAAUUAUUAAGGAAAGCUGAAAAUCCAUCAUCAUCAUCGUCAUCUGGUACAGUAUCUAAACCAGGAUUUCUUCCACCGAAUGUACGUGGUCGUGCUAAACGCCUUCCUGGAUUUGUUUGGGAUAUAAAUGCUGUUCGAUUGAUUAAUGAAACAGAAACUAAUGAACUUGAUUCUGAACAUUAUGCUAUCGCUCUAGGUGUUCUUGUCAAAUUAAUGCAAAAUGAAUGUGUUUUGUUGGAUCGUUUACAGUUGACUGCUAAUCCACAAGAUUCCCAAGUAUUAUUGUUCAACAUAUUUAAAAAUGGAUCAUCUGAUAUUCUAACUGAAGGAACAACUUUAACUCGUUUAAUGCAUCGAGCUCAAGGGAGAGCAGAAUUUCAUAUGGUUAUGUCAUUAUUAGUAGUACUUAAAAAAUUCUUUCAAAUAUCCAAUGAUCUUGUAUCUGUACUUCAGGGUGUAGAUAAUGUAUUGGUUGAUUUUAAUCAGUUAGUUCUUCGUUUAUUAAGUCAAAGUAAACUAACACUAGAAACUUAUGUACAAUUUUUACAACAAGUCACAGAAAAAUCUAGUUCAAGUAGUAAUAUUGUACCUGCAGACGGAACAAUACAUGAACUUACAACUAAUGCAUUGAUGUAUUUAGAAAACCUAUUAGAAUUUGCUGAUAUUAUUGGCACUACUUUGUCAUUUACUGAAGCUGGUCCACAAGCUACUACGAACACAUUGAAAUAUCUUACUACUAUUAAUCAAAAUCAUACAUUUUUGGAAAAUAAAUUUGGAAAUUUUUUAUUUAAUGCUAUUUUUGCUCUUAUGACAAAUUUGGAACGUAAAUCAGAAGUUUAUUCUGAAGAAAUACGUCGAAUUAUUUUUCAAAUGAAUAAUAUUCAAUAUAUAUUGAAAAGUAUUUAUAAGACGAAUAUUCAUCGUUAUCUUUUAUCACAAGAUCGUGAAGCUGUUGCCAAAUUUACUAGUAUCAUGGAUGAACGUAAAAUUUUUUAUUCACGAUGUUGUGCUGAUAUACUACACUUACGACCAUUUCCUGAAACUUGUGGAUCAAGUAGUAUUCGUCGACGUAAAGCUUCUCAAUUUGGAUCUGCAUUAUUAGCUUCAGUAUUAUCACCGAAUCUAAACACCAGUCAUCAUAGGCAUUCCAUCACUAACAAUGACCAUUCCCAACCGAUCAUGGAUGAACAUUUAACCAAGAUCGAUCAAAAGGAGAAAUCGUCAUUAAAAUCUCUUUGGAAUGAUUUUAAUAAUGGAUUAAAUAGUUUAACAAAACAACAUCAUCUUAUUUCAAUACCUGAUCGUGAAUUAAAAAAUAGUUUAGAGCAUCAAUUAGUCCGUGAUCUGGUUGUGUUAUAUCGUGGUUUCUGGGAGAAAUCAAUGUCUAUUCCAUUCACUGCAAAUCGUGACAAGUAUAUUAAAUUGUCUGUGGAAGAAUUUGAAAUUAGAAUAAGACAAUUAUUCAAUGGGACAAUAGCAACUGGCAGUACACGUUGAUAGGAAAUGUGUUUUUUUUUAUCUGAAAGAAUUAAAAAGGGAAACAAUGUUCUCCAUUAUUAUUAUUAUUGAUUUCGUUCGUGACUUUGAUUAUUGUUGUUUUAUUUUUUUUUCAAUUUGUGAAAGAAAAACAGAACGUGUUUUAAUUUCUUCCUAAAAUAUAAAGCUAAAUUCACUGUUUUUAUUUUUUUUCUCUGUGUUUUUGUACUGACUCCAUUAAUGCCUUGCGACUAUUGUACACAUAACUGAAUAUAGAAUUGGAAUGUUUUAAUUUGUGUUUUAAAAUGUAUCGCUUUUUAAUUUUU